UCUUCAGUCUUGAUCUACCUUUACGGUCUACCUGACAUUCUGCCUGAUCUUAGGACUGGCUUCGGGGCCAGCCCCCUCCCCUCCCUUCUCCCUCUCUCUCCCGUAUCCCCACCUCUUUCUCUGUCUUUCUCUCCUAUCCUAACCAACAUGGCCGCUAAGUCGGAUGGAGCAGCGGUGUCUGUGGAAGAUGAUAAUACGCCCAGGAGCCUUUCCGAGCCGGGGAUCCCCGCUUCCCGGCCCCGCUGCAGCGCCACGGGCGGGAAGCCGUACACGGUGCUGGACUGCUGCUGGGUGCUCUGCGCUCUGCUUGUCUUUUUCUCUGACGGCGCGACCGACCUGUGGCUGGCCGCCGACUACUACCUGAGAGGUGACUACUGGUGGUUCGGCUUGACGCUCGUCUUCGUCGUGGUGCCUUCUGCUGUGGUCCAGGUGUUGAGUUUUAGGUGGUUCGUGUAUGACUACUCGGAUCUGAGCUGCGGUGAUGGAGCUGCGAGCGGCAGCGGGAGCGGCGCGGUGGCGGCAAGCGGCGCGGCCACGGCGAGCGACACUUUAAGCACCAAGGACAGCGAACAGCGCGGCGGGAGCGCGGCAGCGGGGAACGCGGCUAAUGCUACCCCGGUUUAUACAGCCUCUGCCCCGCCUGCGACGGCUGGAAGAGUCGGGGGCCCCCGGAGGUGCUGCACCGUCUGCAUGUGGGUCUUUCAAACCGUGCUCCACGUCCUGCAGCUGGGGCAAGUCUGGAGGUACAUCCACGCCCUCUAUCUGGGCGCACAGAGCCGCUGGCACAGGAACGGGCCGCUCCGCCACUUCCACUGGCGGCUGAUGUUCGAGAGCGCUGACAUCACCAUGCUGCGUCUCCUGGAGGCCUUCCUGAAGUCGGCCCCGCAGCUCGUCCUGCAGUUGAGCAUCAUGAUCCACGGGAACAUCGUGCACCCUCUGCAAGGUCUCUCAGCCUCGGCCUCCCUGGUCUCUCUGGCCUGGAUGAUCGCCUCCUACCAGAAGGUUCUCCGAGACUCCCGCGACGACAAGCUGCCAAUGUCUUACAAGGCCGUGAUCACCCAGAUGCUGUGGCAUUUCUUCACCAUCGGGGCGAGGACUGUGGCCUUUGCCCUCUUCGCCUCCGUCUUCCAGCUCUACUUUGGCAUAUUCAUCGUCAGCCACUGGUGUGUCAUGACCUUCUGGAUCAUCCAAGGUGAGACCGACUUUUGCAUGUCCAAGUGGGAGGAGAUCAUCUACAACAUGGUGGUGGGCAUCAUCUACAUCUUCUGCUGGUUUAAUGUCAAAGAGGGCCCGAGCCGUUUCCGUAUGACCGUCUACUAUACGGUGACGCUGGCAGAAAAUGUGGCACUGACCGCUGCCUGGUACACCUACCGCGGCCAGCACACCUCUGACUCCUACGCCCUGGUGGUGGUGUGCCUGGUGGCCUGCAGCUUCGCCCUAGGAACCUUCUUCAUGUUGGUGUACUACUGCUGGCUGCACCCUGAUGGGCCAGUUCUGGGAUCACAGUGGGGAGGGUGUGUGGACGAGGGUGUGGUGGGUGCUGGAAGUGUAGCGGGAGUGAUUGAUUCUUGCAUCACCCCAUCCCAAGGAUCACAAACCGACAUGGUUAUUACCAGCCCUCCGAGGACCCUCCCCAGGACUAAAGACACGGGGGAGCCAGUUCCAGGGGAGCGAGACAAGGACCGAGACAGGGACAGUUGCCUUCCUGUCUUCCAGGUACGUCCCUCCCCUUCAUCCUCUCCUGCACUCCUUCACAGGACCUCCUCAUCAUCCCGCGCACAGGAAGGCCCUGUGAUCCGGAUUGACCUACCGAGGAAGCGAUACCCAGCCUGGGAUGCACACUUUAUUGAUCGACGCCUCCGCAAGACCAUUCUGAUUCUGGAGACCACGUCAGCCGUCAGCCCCAGGAUACAGUACAGGUGUAGCAUGAUGGGCAGCAAAGAGGUGUUAGAAUAUGAGACAACUGUCUAAGCCAACAGGGGCUUUAAACUUAGAAGUGAAGUCUGGGACCAAGGCUCAGCCGAGAGAUCAGUUCUCAUCCCAGGACAACCUAUGCCAGGAGCAGCAUGUUAAAGAAGACACACAGUGUCAGGCAACUCUUCUUUAAAAAAAGAGGUUGUCAAAACUUGAUUGUAAAAUGUGAGGCGCAAUCUGGGACCAAAGCUCUCCCCUUUAGGGCGCAGUCCAGGAGUACGUAGCAUGAAUGAGUCUUGGGAAGUAAAUGGAGUAACACUGAACUGGGAUAAUCUUUGGUGAGAAAUGUAAUCUCUCAUCCUGGGACCAAGGAGUGUUAGAUUUAGUUUCAUCCUGCAUGGUCAAAACAAGGAGUGAAAGGACUUGAGAGCAAGGAAGUUGUGGAGUUUGAUAUAUCUGAGAAACAGUUUGCUGCAUGAACAUGAGCCUUGGGCCACAGACACUCUACAGAGACUUACCAGGGAACUUUGGAGGGUUUGCACGGGACAUGCAAUCAUUUGGUUCGAUGCCAACUCAGACAAUGACCUAAAUUUGGGGGCUAACUACCCAAUACAUAUUGCUUUUGAUGUCACGUUUCAACCACGUUCAGCCCAGUUUUAGCCAAGGCGUCUAGAUUUAUUUGUACCUCCAAAUCACUAAUUCAAUAUCACUUCAGUCUAUUGAGUUUGUAUUGAUUAUUGUUUUGUAUUUAGCAAGGAGAGAGGGAUAACAUUUUACAUUUUUGUACCAUCCUGUUUAAAACGAUUGCAUGUCUCUCGCAAACUUUGGUAACGGACCUUCAAGCAUUCUGUCGGUGGUGUCUAAAGAGAAAUGUACUCUCAUACAUGUACCUUCAGUCUCAUGACACAAAGCGAACCUGUUAAAUAUUGGCUCACAAGUCCAGAUGGUUUCUAAAAAAGCCUGAAAUUCAAAUGACAAUGGUCACCCAUCCAUAUGUGAAAAAACAGCCAUUGCAAAAGUCCUACUGGUUACAUCCCAGCUGCUCUGUCCCCACAACCUGAGACGGGACUUGUUUGGGAAACAAAAUCUGGACUGGAUGUAAAGUGGAUGGCUUCUGCAAUGGCUCCCAUCAUAUGGCAUGCUGUAACUCACCACAAACAGGCCUGUGAUGUAUAGUAGAAUAAAUACAGAUGUCAGAUAUAAGCUAUUAUAAUAAGCUGUAGUUAGGUGAUGAAUGACUUUUGGAUGAAGAAGCUUCAUUUACUCGUAAGAGUCUAAAUGUCGUCCAUUUUUCUUGGAACAUAUUCAAUGUAGAGGUAUGAAGGGUACCAUGAACAACCUCAUUGUGCUAUGAAAAUAUUUUCCAGUGUUAUGUUUUUGGACAGAGCAAAAGCUGAUGAAAUAAGCUUCAUCAUGUCAACAAACCUUGAGGACUCAAAACGGUUUGUUAAAAUGUGGAUGCAUCCUAAAAACUGUAGGAUUCAUUUAGUAAGCCGUUAACACAGGUAACAAAAUAUGUGCAAAGAAAAUUGGUAACAACAGCUCAAAGAUGCAAAGAACCAGGAUUGCUUUUAUGAUGAGCAACUUAGCUAAAGCUGCUGUAUCUUGUUACAGAUAGAAAGUUCACAAUGGUUUGCACUUUUUGAGUGGUGGCAUUGUUUACAAAAUGAAACCAUGUACAGGCCUUUGACUCAAAGUCGAUAUUGGCAGGUUUGGAGUGAGUGACAUUAUCUGUCAACCGACUGAAAAAUGAAAUGAGAAACCGUCUUUGCUCCUUUUAAACUGUGAUUGAAAUGGUUAGGGUUAGGGGGUUGUGAUUCCCUGAAGAGAGGAGCCACAACUUGAACAAAUUCAGUGGAGCUUUUCGGCAACUAUCUUCAGAGGUUGAAGAUUAAAAGCAGAGGCUCCCAGCGUGAAUGUUUUACUAAUUUGAAGCUGCUACAUAGAGGUGCUGAGAAAGUCAAGCAUGGUCAGCACCAGUACUAAAGGAAAACACAAAACACUAGCAUCAAUGCUAACGUGUGUCCUCUCUCAUAUUACACAUCAGAUUUCUCUUCUAAAAUACAUUAUUUUCUUUAAAAGCCUUUAGCGUUAGUCUGUGCAUUUAAGGUGACUUGUGAUUUGUUAUGGUGUGGGAGUUCUUUAAGUCCAUCCCAGAAACAUUUAAACCAAUGUUGUGAUUGUUUUAGAUAAAGGCAGCAGAAGGUGUUAGCAAUUUUUAGCAAUGCACUCAAAAGCAUUUCUCCCAAGAACAUUACAUUCCCCAUGUGAUCCUGGUUUUAUCUCAAAGAAGCAUGUUCAUCGAAACACGUGUGAAGAUGCAUUGGACGGUGUAGAAUUUCAGUUCAUGAAAUUGUUUGUUUGUUAAAAUUUAAGUAGCUGAAUUACCAAGAUGUUUACAUCUCAUCCCAUCAAGCAUUUAGAAGAUGCCAAUGUUCAGGGGGUCACCAAUUCAGGGUUGACUGACACGAGCACAAAUCCCAAAAUAUUAUGGCACAGUAAAACGUCAUAACAAGCUGCUACAGUAUGAACAUGUUUUACAUAUUUUUAGAUUGUUGUUUUUACAAAGUACAAUGACUAAAAAUGGCAUUACAACUUUCAUUUUGGAACUUUUACCCUUUGAAAACUUGGUGCAGGCUUAUCAUCAACAUUUUAAGUGUAAAAAUUGAGAAAAUCUACUCAACUACACAAAGAGAAAACUCUUCAGCGCUUAUAAAUCUUCAACCUAAUGGUUAAUAACAAGAACACACCAACUGUUGAUUUGGGGCGAAGUAGUUUACUUUAUUGGGGUCAUAAAGUCUUCAAAACUCAAACAGUUCAGUAUCCAGUGCGGGUGGAUUAUCCCUUUUAUGCUGACGAUGCAUAUGUAUAUUUUGAUGUGUCAAAGACUCCCAAGCAAAGCAUUUUCAAACUUGUGUACUUUAGGUCAAUGAGAAGAGCAAAUCACUAAGCGGCGUUUCCAGUACAUGGUAUGACUCUACUUGUAUCCACUCACUUAUUUUUGGUUCACCAUUUUGUAUUAACUACGGUAAUACUAAAAGUUGACGUAACAUCAUUAAAGACCACUGAUUGGUCUGAAAGGAACAUCACUAGUGUGUUACGUCAUAGCAAUCCUCCUUCUUUUCACUCAAUCUAAAUUCAACGAGUUUCCUGUUUGAACUGCAGUGUUAAGCGGUGUCACUACGGACAACAGAUGAUCCAGCAAACAAAACGCCUGGUUCCAAAAGUGAGUCAAGUUGAGUCAAAUGAAGCCAUACCAUGCUUUGGAAACAGGGUUUAAGAGCAGUUUAUAUACUUGCUUUUUAUCAAGCAGCUGUGAUGCAAGCAGGAUUGUGGUCAGACAUGAUAAUUGUUCCUAUACUUAUCUACCUAGGGAAUUAAAAUGUGAAUCUUCUAGGGGUGACUUAUCCCCGGCUGACAGAAUAUCUUCCUUUUUUUAAAUUAUUCAACAUCAUUACGCUAAAAGAUAAAUGAAGCUAUUCAUCAGUUUUCUUUUAGAUUGUCUUCAAAACCUGCUGCCCUGCCUGCAAUGUUCAUGUUUCCAAUUGCAGAUAGCUUUUGUGGAAGUGUGAACAACUGAUGCUUUAAAUAAUCACUGGGUAUACAGUGUGGCCAUCAUGCACACAUAUGCAGUGUUAAAAGCAAGUGUAUAAGCGCUCUGUCCCUCAACACGUUUGUGGAUGUUAUUCCCGAUAAAGGCAAGGACGAAAAAGGUCUAUCUAAGCUCUCCUCACACAGAUGUGGGUCUCCUUUUGCAGGGAAACUGUUGUCUCAUUUUGACUCUGCUUUGUGGUAACGGGAAUAUCAGAAAUAAGGAUUACAAUUUAAAAAUGAAUAUUGGUAAUAACUUGGUAAUUAUAGUUGUAUUAUCCUGGCAGUGUUGUGUCCUACCUGAACUUGUGGAUGUUGGUAAAGUGGUGACAGUCACUGCAAUGUAAAUGGUGCUGAAAACAACGCCUCUAUGUCAACACUGAUUAUAUCAUGUCAAACAUGAUAAUGUACAGAUAAUGCAUAUGUGAACUACCCAGUCUUGGGCCAAGGGCGAAGCUUCUCUUUCUCUGAUUGGGUAAUAAAUCAGUCCUUUGUCGUUGAGGUAAAAUAAAAGUUAAAAGUGGUGCACUGGUUAUACUGUAUAUCAACUUGAACAAAAACAUGUUAAAAAGUAAGUGAGUUCAAAACUCAAAUCAUCUUUUAUUAAAUGAUGCAAGUAUUUAUGUUUAUUUAUUUUUGUAUUUGUUUUAUAUAUAUUUAUCUAUUGUUUACUCACUCGGUGGCCAUGUCUUUGGUAUGACUCUUAUAUUAAGAUGUAAAAACUGAAAAUAGAUUUUUUUUUUAACUCAUUCUAUAUACCUGUAUAUACCAGAGUGGCGCUAUACUAGGAUGUGUGUGUAUGAGUACGUGUGCUUUGGUUUGUAUGUAUGUAUUGUAAGUACAGUAUGUAUGUAAGGAUGUGCUCUAAGUUCUUUUGAUAAUGCCGCUUAAACAUCCUCUGAGUGAACGAGCAGAAAAAUAAACCAGUGGUGAAAAUAUCUAUGACGCUGUUAUAAAAAAAAAGUUUAAAAAAUCAGCAAGCUGUGCUGAUAACUGUAGAUGGGAACAAUACUGUAGUAAACAUGGCUGAACAGCCGUCGAAAAACA